AUGGAGGCGAUUAAAUAUUGGCUACAUGGUGAGUCUCGAUUCCCCGACGUACAAUGCAAUUUUAUACUUGACUCAGUUAAUUUUCUGUUACACACCAAUUAUUUUUUGUUCGAUGGUCAUUUCUUCCUUCAGCAGUGUGGGGCGGCGAUGGGGGCCUCGUUCGCUCCAACGUAUGCUAACUUGUACAUGGGGUGGUUUGAGCAACUCCACAUUUUUCAGGCCCCCGACCACUUUCGGGGUCGUUUGGUUAAAUUCUUUCGCUACAUCGAUGAUUGUAUUGGUAUUUGGGAUGGAGACGAGGAGUCUUUGGAGGAGUUUGUCCGAUAUUGCAAUGGGAGAGUGCAGGGUCUUGCCUUUACCAUGGAGACACAUAAGUUACAUAUUCCGUUUCUGGAUGUCCUAUUCUCAGUGGAACGGGAUGCAGUGGUCACUGACCUAUAUAGGAAACCAAUUACAAGGAAUACACUACUACACUCUGACAGUGCCCACCCCCUUAGCUGUAAGAAGGGAAUCCCGGUAGGGCAAUUUAUUCGCCUACGUAGGAUUUGCUCGUCUUGGGAGCGGUUUAAUGUGCAGGCAAUGCAACUUUGGGACCGGUUCUUGGAACGAGGUUAUGAGAAUGAGGUAAUCAGGGAGGCGUAUGAGAAGGCAGUCUCGCUGGAUAGAAAAGCCCUUUUGGCUAGGGACAAAGAUCGUAGACGGGGAACGAGUCGUAAAGACAGUACGCUACGGUAUUGCACUACUUUUGAUAGAAGCACCAGACUCAUUAGAACUAGUGUGAGUAAAUACUGGAAUGUUUUGAGGCAGGAUCCGAUAUUGGCGGCUGUUUUAGACCCCCACCCCUCUUUUGUGUUCAAGAGGAAUAGGAAUUUAGCGUCAUGGCUGUCGAAAAGCCUUUAUGAUUCCAGAAGGGGUGGUAACAAUAAGACAUGGCUUAGGUAUAAGGGGAACUAUAGAUGUGGCAGAAUCAGGUGCAAAUCUUGCCAUUAUCUACUUGUUUCAAAGGAAUUCAGAUCAACGUCAACGGGGAGAACUUAUGGUAUAAGGAGAUAUUUUAAUUGUGCCUCGAUUGGGGUGGUCUACCUUGUCACAUGUAGCUGUGGGGCCCAAUAUGUGGGUAAAACUGUAAGAAGAGCGGGUACACGGAUACUGGAACACCUUUCCUCAGUGAACAGAAAGGACACUAAGUCCGCAGUGGCUAAGCAUAUACUGGACAAACAUAAUGGGGAAAUUAAAAUACAUUACCAGGUUAUUGAUACAGUUACAGUGGGACCAAGGGGUGGGAAUUUGGAUAAAUUGUUACUACGUAAGGAGGCAUACUGGAUAUAUCAGCUUAGGUCAACUGAAUCUUUUGGGGGGUUGAAUAGGGAGUGGGAGGUUUCCUGCUUCUAUUAAUUCUUGGCGGAUCAUUGUUCAUGAUAUCAUGGGGUUUGGAUAUUCAAUCCAUUGAGUCAUUAUUAAGAUACACUGAUAAUGUUUGUAUCCUUUAUGUUAAUAUGCUGAUAAUGAGUUAAAUGUUGAAUGAGGGAUACAUUUCGUUAUAUUUAUUUAUUUCGGGGAUUAUUAGGGCUUUCUAGAUUUAUAUUACAUAAGCGAAAUGGUUAUUACAUCAAUGUUCACUUUUUUGGAGUCUUUAGCUACUAUUAGCAACAGUGUUUAUCUGGAGUGGGAGAGAUAAGAUGAAUACUAUGUAUUGCUUUUUACGAUGAUUCGUUAUAUUGUGUUUGGUUUUAUUUUAUUGUAUAGGUUUUGAGUAUUAAUGUGGGGGUUAACCUUUGUCUGAAGAUGCAUGUUUACAUAUGGUUUUCACUGAAAGGGUUAAACCUUAUGGGGAUGGGUGGGGGCCUGCUACAGGGAGGGGCUUGAUGUCCCUUAUAUAUAUCUGGUGUUUGGGGUGUCUGUUAGCUCCUGAGGAAGUGGCGAGAGCCAUGAAACGCGUUGAGUGAACAGCCCUUUGUUUAGUGUGGGGCAUGCUUUUUCAUACUACCAUUUUAAAAUGCUUGAAUAAAGGUUUAUAUUUUUAAUUUUUCUACCUCCUGGAUUCCUUGGUGCUGCACCUACAAACUCACUCUCUCUUUGGAAGCAACCGUUGGGAUCUUCGGUUUUGUGACAUGCACAGGUGAAUCCUAGUACCUGGAAUAAGAUAUUUCCCAAUGUGAAAACCAAGGAUGAGAGCGCAA